UGUCCCAUUGAUCGGCUCACCAUGAAGCCGGCGUUAGUCCUCCUUGUUUCCACUGCCUGGACUUUCACUGGAGCCCAGUAUUACUACCAGGGGCUGAUGGAUUAUCUGGAGAACAGGCUGUUGGCUAUUGAGGACCGAAUGCAGUUCUGGCACGAACAAUCCCAUCGCUACCACACAGAGCUGCAGGAUUUCAAAAAGCUAACCGCUGAGACCGUGGACGGGCUGAGGAAUGAGCACGGCACGCUGCUCAAGGACCUCGAAGGAGCUUCAGUCCGAGUGGACCGGGUGGAGCGGGAGAUGGACUAUGUGGAGACGCAGACUUCCCCUCGGGCGUGUGCGAAUAAAGCAGACAAGGUGGUGGAGCAGGGAGCCUGGGGGCUGGAGGAGAGCAGAGGAGAGGAAGAGGAGGAGGAGGACUGGGAGGAGCUGUACUCCAGAGUCUCUGACUGUGUGGAAAUCAUCUCAAGCAUCCGAUCGGUGAAGAUCCUGAAGAGAGUGGGCAGUCCCAAAGGCAUGUGGACCAGAGACCCCAGAUCGUCCAAGGUUUACGUCUUUAACGGGACAUCAGGAAACAGCAUCUACCAGUUCAACUCCGUACGGGACUUUUCGCGCUCCCCUGGUGUCACCAGCAGCAGACAGAUCCGGCUUCCCUCCGAGUGGGCCGGUCCCGGAAGUACCGUUUAUAACGGCUACCUGUACUACAUACAGCAGGAGGCUGAUGCGGACGUGCAGGUGGUCAAAUACGACCUGCUGAGAGGCUCCGUGACAGACGUCGCCAUGUUCCCCGUGGACAGCCGCGCUACCGUUUACAACCUCAACCCAGAAACUGUGGCGGACCUCGCAGCAGACGACGAGGGCCUCUGGCUCCUGUACGCCGCCGGCGACAGUGAACCAAACAUCAGCCUUGCAAAGAUGGACCCCGCCACGCUCGAUAUAGAACAGAUCUGGGACACCCGCUGCCCAAGGGAGAACGCCGAGGCCGCUUUUGUAGUCUGCGGGACCGUCUAUGUGGUUUACAACACCCGCCUGGCCAGCCGGUCCAGGGUCCAGUGCGUGUUCGACGUCAACGACAUGGUGAUCAGCGAGGAGGCUCCCCUGCUGUACUUUCCCAGGAGGUACGGAUCCCACGCCAGCCUGAAAUACAACCCAGAGGAGAAGCAGCUCUACGGCUGGGAUGACGGCUACCAGAUCAUUUACAGGCUGACCAUGAAGAGGAAGCUGCUGGUCUGA